AGUAACCUUUUGUAUUGCGUCCGUAUUAUCUCGAUAGAAGAUUUAAAUCUCUCGCAUAGUCACAUUCACAGGGUUUUCCACAACAUAGUUUUCUAUUUCUCGUGAAUCUCGUGAUAUUCAUUGCAGUUUUCACCGUUGUUUUAUAUCGACCAUCAUCAGAGACCUCAUAAUGGCAAACUGGCCAGCGAUUGGUUCCAUAAUCCUCCCCAACGUGGGCGGCUGGGUCAACGGCCUGUACUUCGCCGGCCAGGUCAAACGAGACAGCAACGAGAAGACCUGGUACGACGAGCUGAAGAAGUCACCCUGCACACCCCCUAAAUGGGUGUUCGGGCCGGCAUGGACUGUGCUCUACAGCGGCAUGGGAUACGCGUCGUAUCUGGUGUGGGAAGAGUGCGACGGUUUCACACAGCGCGCCGUCCUCCCGAUGACUUUGUACGGGAGCCAGCUACUACUCAACUGGGCAUGGACGCCCAUCUUCUUCGGCCUUAAGGACUUCAAACUGGCUUUGAUAGAAAUCGGCGUUCUCACCGGAGCGGCGACCAUCACCACGAUAUCAUUCGCCAGCAUAAACAAGACCGCUGGUCUUAUAAUGCUGCCGUAUCUGGCGUGGCUGGGCUAUGCCACCCAUUUAACUUAUUACGCCUGGAAGAACAACCCGGAGCCCGCGAAGAUCACAGAGGUUAAGGACGAGAAGGAAAAGUAGGGAUGACAAUUCGUCAGUUAACAACGCUAAAGCCAUCGAACGUGUUAUAUUUUAGAUUCAUAUUUCCGCUAAGUAGGUAUAUGUCGUUGUCAAGCAAGUACUUAUUUGUAUUUUUUUCAAUUUUAAUUGACACUAUAAUUUUGUAAUUAUUAGAAAAUCGGAUCUUUUAGAUGUUUCAUGUCGUUAUAUAUAACAAUGGGUACUAUUACUAUGUCAUUUUAUAAAAGUGUGGGCUAAAAAACUAAGAAAUAUCAUAUUAUUGUAGAACAUGAACAAUUAACUUUACCCAUACACGUUUGAAUAGGUAAUACGCAACUCGUGUCGAUUUAAAACAUUCCCUUCGGUCGUGUUUUAAUUUAUCACCACUCGUUGCGAAUUUCCUACUUUCCGCACUUGUAUCGUAAAUAACUAUUAUAGAUGUCAUAUUUAUGUGAGAAUACUAAGAAACUUGUUAAAAAAAUCAGGGAUACAAGCAUAAAUUUAAGCUUAUUUUUUCAUUACCAAAGGAGUCAAUACAAUUAGUUUUAAGGCUUAUUUUAUCAUAACCUAGUUUUAAGAUCCGAAGUGACCUUUUGCACAAAUAAGCAAUAUACAUAAUAUAUGUAUUUAAUAUGACUUAAAUAUGUUCCAAAAGUAACAUUUGAUGCUUAAUCAUUCCUAUUGCAUUUAAACGAAAUUGACAUUUUAUUAAAAUUCCAAGAAAACAUAAACUUAGAGAUAAGUCUUGUCAUAAUAAUGAUAACAUUUUAUAACUUCAUUAUAAGUACAAAAUGGCAAAUCAACAGACUUGGCGCACACGUUACGUGCACAUAUUUUGAACAAAACUACGACAGUUGUCAAAAAUCAAUCUUUAAUAACUUGCAUGUUGUAAAAUAAGCUAAAAUCUAUUUUUUCUUUCCGUAGACUAAAAUGACAUUUCAUACUAUGGAAUGACAUUUUAUGUUCAUAUUAUGAAACGUCAUUUUAGUCUACCUAAUAAAAAAUUGACUUUAGAAUCACGGUAAACUGUUUUUCUAGAAGUAUUUAUUUUUGAAUUUUUAUUGUUUCCUGUUGCUAUAAUAAUAAAUGUACCGAAACAUU